GAGCGCUCGGGAGGCCGGCGAGGUCGCGUUUGGUCGUGGCCCUCGGAGGAAGGCCCGUCUCUGGCCGCUGCCGACCUGUGGGACCUUCUCGGCCCGCGCCUCGCGUGUUUGUAGGUAGGAAGGUGGCGUGGAGGUGGCCUGCCAAGCAGGGAGUGUGGUUGGGCCUCCCCAGGGAGUGCAGGUGACGGUCCCUAUUCCGUGUGUGGUGCCAGAUAUUGAAUGAGCUCUGCAACGUCCACAUCUCCUUACAAAGUGAUUGCUGUUCUCUGCGAGGAUGUGUUUUCCUUCUGUGCAUUCCCAGUGUGUUUACCUUUGCCCUGUGAAGUGGACUCUGGAGAGCUGCAUGGAAAUCUUUAUCUGAUCCCUCGACAUCUGAGACGUCUCAAGUCCCACAGGUGUCCGCACGCUGCCCAGCAUGGUGGACGCCAGCCACCUACCACCUCCACCACCGCCGCCAGAUCCCCAGUUUGUCCUUCGAGGCACCCAGUCAGCGGUGCAUGCCCUGCAUUUCCACAGAGGAGAUGAGGCUCAGGGCCACCCGUUCCUCUUCUCAGGGUGUCAGAGUGGCCUGGUGCACAUCUGGAGCCUGCAGACACGGAGGCCUGUGGCCAUCCUGGAUGGUCAUGGGGGCCAGUGUGUGACCUGGCUGCACAUGCUGCCCCAGGGGCAGCAGCUCCUCAGCCAGGGCCGGGACCUGCGCCUGUGCCUGUGGGACCUGGAGGAGGGUAGGAACGCCAUCGUGGACUCUGUGCCCUUGGAGAACGUGGGCUUCUGCCGCAGCUCCGUCCUGGCUGAGGCUCAGAAGCCACACUGGAUGCUCGCCAUCCCCGGCAAGGGCAGCGACGAGGUCCAGAUUCUGGAGAUGCCAUCCAAGACGUCGGUGUGCACCCUGAAGCCGGAGGCGGGUGCCAAACCGGGCAUGCCCAUGUGCCUGGGGCUGUGGCAGGCUGACUCCGGCACCCGCCCCCUCCUCCUGGCUGGCUACGAGGACGGAUCGGUGGCCCUGUGGGACGUGUCGGAGCGGAAGGCCUAUAGCCGCAUCGCCUGCCAUGAGGAGCCCGUCAUGGGCCUUGACUUCGACCCCCAGAGGGCCAGGGGCGUCUCAGGCUCGGCGGGCAAAGCGCUGGCUGUCUGGAGCCUGGACGGGCGGGCCCUGCAGGUGUGCCAUACCCAGCAGCUUACCAACCCGGGGAUUGCAGAUCUCACCCUGCGGCCAGACGGCAAGAUCCUGGCCACAGCGGGCUGGGACCACCGAGUCCGCGUGUUCCACUGGCGGAAGAUGAAGCCGCUGGCCGUGCUGACCUUCCACAGUGCUACUGUCCACUGCGUGGCCUUUGCCGCUGACGGCCUGCUGGCCGCGGGCUCCAAGGACCAACGUAUCAGCAUCUGGUCCCUCUACCCACCCAAACCGUGUGACUCUCACCCGAACACAUGA